AUGGCGCGCGGCACCGGGCCAUCGAGGCGCUCGAACCGCCCUUCGUCCCGCGCGCUCGGCAACUCCGCGCUCAACACCCGCGGGAUCGCGCGAGGCGAACGCGGAACCCGGGGCAAAUCCUCCCGCGUCGCGUCGCGGGCGACGUCGAACGAGGAUGACGAACCCCCCGCGCCCGAGCCUCUGCUCGUGAUCGUGGAGGUCGACGGCGUGCUGUGCGACGUGCAUUGCGACCUUCACAGGCUCGCGUUCAACGAGGCGUUCGUCGAGCUCGGCAUGGAGGGCGCGUCCUGGUCCGAGGAGCGCUACCUCUCCCUGCUCCGCACCGGCGGGGGCACCGCCGAAGGGAUGGUGGAGCGGUACUUUCACUUCUACGGGUACCCCACCCCCGAGCUCCGGGACCCGACCGCGCACAUCCCCGACGAGGUCGGCCAAGCCGCGAUGUCCGGCUCGAUUCGACCCGAAGGGUGGAACGCCGAGGGCGCGUCCGUCGCCGCGCAGGCCGCGGCGAUCCAGGCGGCGGCGUCCAGAAACCCCCUCAACCGCGAACUGCUCGCGAGGCGAAGGCUGGAGUGGAUCGACGAGGUGGUGGCGAAGAAGGACGAGCGACUCCGCGCGAUCGUCUCCGAGGGCCGUCUCAAGCUCCGCAAGGGUGCGCUCGACUUUAUCGACGAGUGCCUCCUCGAGGACGGCGCGCAGGUGGUCUUCGUGGGAGCCACGGCGUCCGCCCCGGAGGAAGGGGUCCUCGACGCAGUGCUGGAAGCCAUCGGCCCGCUGCGAGCGGCGGCCAUCACCCAGUGCGGCGGGCACGAGCAGAUCGACGGAUGCGAGUUCCAGUCCUUCGAGAACUACCACGCGAACAACAUCGUCAAGGACAUCACCGCCAACGGCGAAGUCGCGGCGCGGGAGGAGCAGUUGCAGGCGGUCAACGGCGACGUCGACGUCCGCAAGGAGAUGCAGGCCAUGAUGAAGCAGCGCAAGGGCGAACUGCUGGCCGAGGAGAUCGGCGGCGAUCUGCAGCGCCAACGGUUCGACAGCAACGUCGUCGUCGACAGCGGCGUCUUCUGCACCAGCACCAGGAGCGUGAUCAGCGCGGAGGCCGUGCGGGGCAUGCUCGAGGCGAAGGGCUUCGGCAAGGAUCGCGCCAUCUUCGUCGGAGCCUCGAGGACGACGUGCGCCGAGGCUGGCGCCGCCGGUGUCUUCAACGUCCUCGCGAGGACCGCGCACCAGGCGGACUCGCAGAUCACCGACGUGGCGUGCGUCGUGGACGGCUUCGGCGGCGGCGGCGGGCUGACGCUGAGGUACAUCAAGCGUCGCGCCGCCGCGUGGGACGGUCGCGCGGCGACGAUGGACGAGACGUGACGGGCGGGCGGGCGGGCGGUCGCACGGGAAGAGCACGCCGCGCCUCGCCGCGUAGUAA